UUUUCUGGGCCGCCGUGGCGCGCGCCCGCACGUCUGCCCGUCUGCGAGUACCGCGAGUUGUUGCGGUCCCAGCUGUGGUAAUCCGUUGAUGAGUCGGCUGCAGUAAAAAUACCUACAGCUACGAGCGUGCGUCGCGCUCCCCUUGGUUGCAGUUUUCGCACUUGGAUCGGAGUCUUGAGAGUUGCGCACAGAUCGUCCGAAAAUGGGGCUACAGAUCACAGUGGAACCAGUGGUGUUUCUAUUCUUCGCCACCAUGCAUCUGGAGAUGAGCGCUGUCCAGGACAUUAUAAACACAAAGUGUUGCUUCAGGCACCUCAACACAACCAAUGUUGCAGACUGUCACUCGGCCCAGAACCAGACACGAACUGACAUCAAAGCUGAAGCCUCAGUGUGGAUUGCUUUCUACUACGGGACAAUGUCUAUUCUGACUCUGAUCUGCGGUAUGUGGGUUGGAUCGUGGAAUGAUCGCUUUGGUCGCAAGCGGCCCAUGCUUGUCCCCCUUGUUGGGGGGAUGGCAAGUGUGCUGAACUUCAUUUUUCUCUCGCACUACCUCAAUAGCAGCGUAUCACUUGUCAUGAUCAGUGCCGUAUUGGUUGGCAUAUCUACCGGAUCUUUGGGAGUAAUAUCAAGCUGCUUUGGCUAUCUCACUGAUGUGACGCCUUUCCAGUCCCGGAGUCGACGAAUUUCGAUACUGGAAGCCAUGAUCUUCACUGGAGGGGCACUCGGAAUGUACAUUGUUGGAGGCAUGCUCAAGACAACUACUUAUGAAGUGAUCUUCUUGGUUGAGCUCUUCAUCUAUGCAGCUGCCGUCUUCUAUGUUUUGCUUGUGAUCCACGACAAAGUGCCCACUGAAGCAAGUGUUGACACUGGAAUGGAGCGCCCUGGAAUCUUCUCCUUUCGGCAUGUGACGGACAUGGCAAUGACUGUUUUCAGGCUGCGAGAUCGGGGAAACAGAGCCCAUGUCAUUCUUCUGCUUCUUGCUGCUUUUGCGAUGUUCUAUGGCCUAGCAGCCCAGACCUACUUGACGUACACAUUCUUGACCGAUGAGCCACUUCGCUGGACUGCAAGUCAUUACAGUUUCCUGCAAGGAGUCAAUAUUGCUGUGGAAGGUGUAGCCCUCCUGGUAGUGCUACCUUUGGCCUACCGCUUCUUGAGCAUUUCUGAUGCUUUUGCUGGCCUUCUUGGAUCACUUUCAAGGUUCUUGGGUCUCUUGUGGCUUGGUCUCUGCACGACUUCAUCUAUGGUGUACUUCAUUCCUGUACUUUUUGUCUUCAGCGAGUUUACGAGCCCUUCAGUUCGUGCAUUGCUGUCAAAGAUUGUAGCUGUGGAUGAAAAAGGCAAGGCUUUUGCUGUGAUGAGUGCUCUGCAGUCCUUUGCCAUGUUCACAGGGUCAUUACUGUUCAAUGGCCUCUAUCCAGCCACAUCAAAGUUCUUCAAGGGUUUUGGCUUUGAGUUUGCUGCAGCUCUACAAAUCAUCCCCAUUGGAAUUUUCCUAUACCUGUACUUUCGAUUCAAGAGGGAGGCACCUUAUUCUGAAAUCGAGGGGGAAAGCAUGAGCUCCAAUAUUGUGGAGAGUUGAAAGAGCCCGCAAGGACAGUGCUGACUUCAUGAUUUCCAUACAGGAGUGCGAGCGGCUGAUCAGGGUGACUUUGAGUUGUGUACAUAUUUGACAGGGAGAGAAGUGCCAUAUUAUUCUCACCUUAACACCGGUACAGCAGCAGAGUGCUUGGAUUGUGAAAUGGUGCCUCCGAAGUUGCCCAUCCAGUGGUUGGCAAUUGUAAACUGAAGAAUAGCUUUGAAAGCUAUGAGCAUCCUAGCAUAACAGGUCCUUAAUGAUGGCAAUGUAAUCAGGCAUGUACUCCAGAAGUGAGGCUUUGCAUAUUAUGGUUAGAGGAAAAGGUUGAAUUGAUUUGCAGCUGGUGGGGCUAUCAAACUAACUAGUUCUAAUUUUGAUCACCGUAUCCCUCAACUUAAGUAUUCAUUGCUCAUUUCAAAAGGCACAUAGGCAAAUUUUAUGUUGUCACAUGCUAAUUGCCACGAGAGAUCGAAACAAGUAGUACAUUUGACAUUCUUUAAUUUUUCUGAUAAUUUUACACAUUAGGCACAUAUGACUAAAUAGUCCUAAACUGUUCUUGUUUUUGAAGAAAGCUAUUCGUCACAUGAAAAAAAUUAUUAAAGGUUGUCAGGCAAUGGCAACAAUUUCAUGUGUGCUUUUUCUUAAAUCCCCAGCAAUGCUUAAAGCCACGCAAGUGUAAUAUAGCGGAUGUCUAUAUUUCCACAGUUUUUAUUUUCCUACUAAUUUUUAUUGUAAUAACUAUUUUUACUCAGAAUAUCAAAACUGGAAGAAUGUUACGUUAUUGAAAAAUGACUAUGCGAAAACCCCUCUCAAUUGUGCUCAAAGUCACCCAAGUUGUUCUCCGAGUACUGUGAAACAAUAUUAUGAAAAAGCAUGUUGCAUCAUUCUUAUCGUAACAAUGUUACAAAUGUUCAAAUAUUGUGUUUCAAGACUUGUCCAAAGUGCGGAAAUGAGCAUUUAUUGCGAAAAGGUAAUGCAAGGACACGUUUCCUUCUCUUCUGAGCCUUGUUCAACAGCAAGGAUGAGGUAUUUGCAGUCGGUGAAAAAUAUUUUCGGGAAACGAAGAACUAUUUGAAUGAAAUGCGCUAGCAUAGCUUGUGACUUUAAUACAGUGACGGACAUUCCUUGUCAACAAGAAGCACACCGAGUGGCUGCUUUCCUCUCUUUCAUCUUAUUGCACAAAAGAGAAUCAGCAUCUUGGAUGCUAAUGGAUGCAUUCACUCAAUGCAUGUGUUUCAUUGUUGCGCCAGUCCAAGUUUAAAGGUCUUUAUGAAAGAGAAAGAUAGGGAAAGAGAUGUGCUCCUGGAUAGCAGUCACCAAGAUUGUUGGUUUAGUUAACACAAAAGUGUUCAUUUUCGCAGCGCACGCAGUCAAAUCUAGUUUUAAAAAUUUUGAUGAUGUGAAGUUUGGUUGCAGCAGUAUUUGCCAUAGACAAAACACGUUUAGAGCAAGUCACGUCUGGUCUGCAUAGCCAAGCAUGCCAUGGAUGCCUCACACACGGGUGAUGAGUUCCCAUUUCCUUCCUUGUUUCAUCAAAGAAACAGUCAAUCUCGCUCGCAAGUGUACGAAUCAGCUGGAUGUUUUUGAGCUUGCCUUCUAGUGAUGUGGCUAUUUAAAAUGCCGGCUGUAUUAGUUUUCUAUUUUCCUACCCUAGGUUCUGAAGAGAAGCUUGAUCCUUUAGACUCUUCCAACUUUGCCACAUGAGUUUUUUCCAUGUCUGGUCACAGAGAACAGCCAAUUUACUGACUCACAAUUUUUGCCUAAAAGCUCAUACAAUUUAAAUUUGUUUUUAAAGUGGUUAACACUGGCUAACUUACGUAGAAGACGUGGCUUUGUGGUGGGUCUUCAAGCACUUGUGAAUCUUGCUUAAUGCGAAGCAAGCAUGGGCUGCAUAAUGCUACAUUUCAUCGCUUAUAACAACUGUGUGCUGUUCUUAUGGUGGUUAUAACGCAGGUGAAAACUGGCACUUGUUUUUUGCUCCAGUGGUAGUAUUGAAUCUCGUUUGAAAUGAUGGUAGUCUAGUUUCAUGUGAAAUCAAAGUACAACACGAGGGAUGCUUGCCGCUCACAUUGUUUCACUUCACAAAUGGCUGCAGCUUGUUCCCACCAUAUAUAGUUGUGCAGGGCCUACUUGGAGAUCUACUUAACUAAUUCCUUCACAAACAAAAUUGGCCGCAAUGUUUUCUUUACAGUGUCUCCAAUUUACCACAUUGUAUAUGCGACCUCAGUCUCGCAUGGCAUCCCAGUGUUCUUCCAGAUAUUACAUCGUUUAUAGUACUCGAUAGUAUAGGCAUCACCCAGGAAACUUUUUAGUGCUGAAAUGCAGAGCUUGAGGUUGGCACAAUACACACUUCUUGGUGGGGAGCAAGCAGAACCCACUUCGGACGAUGGGACUAAAACUUCGACAAUGCCAUUGAAACGUCUGGAUUAGCUACCUUGAACAUAUGACAUUCCUCUCAUAUUGAGCGAGUCAAAUAUUCUGGGCAUGUACUGCUUUUCACCAUCAACAACAACGUACACGUCUUUCUUGAUUUGGCUCUGUCAUGAGCACCCGUACUCACGUAUUGUGUAGUAGUCCAUGGCAGUCUGCGCUCAUCUUGAGCGCUUAGACAAGACCACUGAAGUGGAUCUGGGGCUACCCUUAUGUCGUGCUUCUCAUGCCAACAUUUAGCCUUGUGAAUCAUGUACUUUGAUAAACUGGGCAUGGCAACCUGAAUUUUUUGUAGCUUAAGUUCGCUGGCAGCAGUGUCAAGAAUUAUAGGUGCUCUUGAUAAGAUGUAGGCACUUUGUAGGCAUUCCUCAAGCUUUCCAAACAUUCAAAGCAGUCAUCACAAUUGUUCCUAUAGGGUCCAGGGUUAUCAGUUCUCCCAAAGAGAGCGCUGACCCUUGAUCGAGUUUUGACUGCAACAGCACUUUCGAUUUCGCUUUGCUUCCUUUUUGUGUAAGCUUUUCUUUGUCAUUGAAGAACACGACUGGGGGGGCCUCAAAGGUGAAACAUCAGUGAACUCCAUGUACCCACCUGUUCAGAUCACCGAUCGUCUCUGCCUCAGGGACGAAGAUGUCACCGGUAUUCCCAGAGUCUGAGAAGGCCGUGAUAAAAUCCUCAUACCGCUUGAAGCAGUGUUGACAGGUCUGAUCUCCAUCUCUAAUUGGAUGUGCACCUUGUUGCAAGUUCUUUCACAACAUAGAGACACUGACAUUUUCAACAUCACAGAAAUUUUGCUGGAAGGAACUUUCUUCUUGUGCAACACGAGGUAGCUGGCUCAGAAAACUCAGUCGCCGCAGCUGUAAGGCUUAGCCAUAGUUGCCUUCCAUGCGCAGGAUGGUCACCGAACCAAAAUCCAGCGUGCUUUCAAAGCCUGAGCGCUAUGUCCAGCCCCUUCAAGUUGCACCGUGCAUCACUCUUGCUCACUCUGACCGCUGUAACUCAAGCGGCUGUACCCAGUAACCUGAACCACGCCUGAAAUUAAGCAGAGCCUGCAAGACAGAACACCUGCAACACAUUGCAACCUAAAUAAAGAGUUCUAAAUGACAUAACAUAAAGCUUAGAAGUUUCUUUAUAAAUUUGGCUAACUGUCAGAGCCACACACCUUGCUGUUGUCUGCAUAUACAGUCGCCGACCGUUUAUUCGGACCUCACGGUGACCGCGGAAAUGUCCGAAUAAACAGGUGUCCGAAAGAACAGAUUAAGAGAGAAAAAAAACGAAAUCCUUUAUUUCCACGCAUUUAUUCGGGCUCGGCAGUAGGCUUGAAGAAAUCGUGAAUGCGCCGUUGCACACUGUUCCAUUUACGCGCACUCAGAUAAGCCUGAAUCUCGGAGAGGGUCGUACGGCUGAAAGCACAGUCACUGCUUGUACAUGCUCCACAUGCGACGGCAGCGGAGAUGACAGAGAUGACUUUUGAGUCGGAGGAUGACGUACAUGGUGCGUCAUCUUCCGACUCAAGAGUCUGGCGGUGCAGCAGAAACCUGACGAAUGAUCUUGCCGUUGUCGAGUUCUGCGCACAUCAGUACGGCAGUGUCAGCACCUGUGAAACUGUCAAAUGAGAUGGUGUCCGGAGUCGCAAUGCGACCACUGCGCAGGUCUUGGCAAAAUAUUUUCCUCGUCAGUAGGGAGCACAUCGGAAGGCGAUAAAUCUUAGGCCUCCUGGCACCCGCUUGCCGGCAUUCCCCAGCGCAGUCUGCGCGGGCACUGUCGGCGCCAUUAGAGACUUGACGCGAUGUUUCCGUAUGCCGCGUAGGAUCCCCGAAACCUCGACACAGCACACAAAGCAAACACCACCGUGCCGACACCAGUCACACAAACGAAAAAAAACGUGGCCUGCUCGCAGCUUCGUGCGCAAAGAAACAAAUCGGCUGCUGGAUUGUCUUGGCAUGGCUUACUAAGCUGAAACCGGAACUGCUGCAGAGCCACUUUAUUGAACCAGGCAGAAAAGAUGAUGAUGAGCGGGGAUUUCCAGUAGCGCCACUUCGUGGGGCAGCAAGGAAGCUCCACUCAAAACAAAAAUGGCGUUCAGCAAGUCGAACCAUGCACCGGUCAGAGUCGGUGCAUGGUGCUCUCGAUCGAGUUGGCUCAAGGAGUGUCCGAAAAAUCUGACGAGAGGUUGCAAGGUGUUCGAACUUUUGGCAGUUGUUAUACAUUAUGGUCUAUGGGAAGAAUGGCGGUGCCACGAAGCUGACCGAAUAAUCGGGCAUGUCUGAAUUUUUGGAGUCCGGAAAAUCAAUCGGCGACUGUAUGCAUUUCACUGUCGUCUGUGCUUUAACAGCGUCUGAAUAGGCACACAGAUACACUGCAGAAGGCAAACGUUGUUGGCCCACUGCAUUUCCAUAGCUUUCAUUUUCGCACUUUAAUAGGGAAAAAAAGAAAGAAAAGUGGAGGGUUGUGAAGCUGCUCGCUUCCGGUUAACAAGGAAAAGUGGCCUCAUUGCUGAAGUCACUAUCGAUUCGAGUGCAUUUUGUUCAGACAGUUUUCUUUCUGUCCAAAAAUAUUUUCCACCGACCCUAAAUACCCUCGAAACACAAUAUUCGAACCUUUGUAACCUUGUCUCAAUAAAAACGAUGCAAAAUGUUUUUCAUAAUAUUAUUCUACAGUCCUCAGAGAACAAUUUUGGUCACAUUGAGCAAGAUUGAAACGUUGUUCCAUAUAUAUUUUUCAAUAAAGUAACAUUUUUCCAAUUGUGAUGUUCUGAGUAAAAAGAAAUUAUUACUUUAAAGAUUCGUAGAAGUCUAAAAAGGCACAGGUUUGUUAUCCACCAAAGGCCUAUCUCUGUAGUCAAUCGCAACACACUGUGAUGUACAGAGAAGUAGGAACAGACUCCCAAAGAUGAGCAUGUUUGAAAAAUGUAUUGCUUUCAUGAGUUUUUAAAAAAAAUUCACUUUGUUCACAAAUCCAGUAAAUGCCAUGAGCUACUUACCCUUCCCUUCUAUUUACACUGUAAAUAAAUAAAUUUGAUGUAUUUAUAUUUGCGUGGCCUUAAGCAUUUUCGCAAACUUAAGAAAACGCAUUUAGUAAAAUUGUCGUCGUAGGCCACUGACCUUGGACGAUUUUUUACUAUUUACUAAUAGCUUUCUUUAAGAACAAUAAGUGGUUUAAUAUUAUUUAGUCACAUGUGCGUAAUUUGCAAGAUUAUCGGAACAAUAAAGAAAUUCAUAUAUAUCACCUGUUUCAACCCCUCAUCGAAUCGACCUAAUGCUGUUUAUUUAAGUUCUUAUUCGCGACUGAAAAAAAAAAAAUACUGUACAACAUUAAAAAAAAUAUUUUCUUUAUUUUUCAACAGUCACGUUGUUUCAUUAAGUUCCACAGUUACAUAACCCCAAUUUUGUUACUGGCAUCAUCCAAACAUUGCACAAUUGCAAAUGAGGAAGUAUUUGAGCUUAUUCUGUUAAAAGGAAAUGUUAAAGCGAUACUUAUGGUGUUCACAUCUUUCUGUUUAUUGAAAUGGCUCUAGUAGAACUGUAACUGACAGUGUAUAAUAUUAUAUUUGUUGCACUUUAUUGAUUUAGACAAGCGCUAUGUCAUAUGACAAUGUAUAAACUCCCAUAAGAAAGCUUAUAACCACAUAUAUGUAGCGUAGGAGACAUGUCAUAUAUUGUUUUAAUUGUGCACAACUGUACUGGUCACACAACUUGAAGAGCUUGUAUUUUUUGUAUUUGUAGGAAGUUUUUAAUGUUGGAAGCGUCUGUUCAAACUUUACACUGGGUAUAUUCCAUACUCCGUCCACAAAGCAGUCAAACAAUCUAGUUGCAAGAAAGUUUUAUUUUGUGUGAUAUGGUUGCUGAUGGUCAGCUUUAAGUUGUCUUGUUUAUUUGAUAUUGCAUGUAACAUUGUAAUGUGGUGAACCAUUGUUACUUAUUGAUCAGAUUUCGUUUAAUGUUGAGAGCUUGUGCUUAGUAUUCUAAUCCCAGCAACAUACCUGCAUGUUGUCAUUAUCACCUGAUGAAGUCUUUCAUAGUGUGCUGUUCAACACACACAUUCUUGCUUUGUUUUAUUUUGAUUAUAAUACCUUUAAGUGUUUUAUUGGCUCUCUUUGAAGCUGUCCCUUUUCUAUGAGCAGCUAAGAGAAGUUGCUCUCAUACUUCUGUAUGUACUAUUUUGCACUGUGUGUUCUAGUUGAACAUAUAUGUAUGUAAGUACAUUACAAUAACAGUGAAACUUUUUUAAGUGAUUGUGACUGCUUAUGGAGCUUGAGCACGUAAGUGGCAUAGAGCAAAGAACAUUCCUUGGACCACUGGCAUAGCCAAGAUUUUAUAUUGAGAAGGGUUCUGGAAUGCCGCCUAUUAUGUGUACACGUGGUAGACUUGGCAUUUCAACGAAGUGUGGUGGGGGAUUUUGAGAGCUCUACUUUGCAUUUACCACUGCCGAGGACCGUAGAGACUUAUACUUAAGAGGAAGCUUUCGCUCGGACAUAACUCCGGUGCCACCUUAUUCAAAUACAUGUAAAACAUAGAAAUGCUUUUCUGAGAUAGAGAAAUUUGAAUUCUAGUGACUGUUAGAAGCAAAAUUUUGAUUUAGGGCAUUAACUUUUAUUUUUUUAGAAGAUUGUACGAAAAUCGGUAAGUCAGAAAAGAAUAGAAGCAUUAAGUUUGCAAAACUGCAAUUUCGCACCAACAGCAGAAAUCGCUCUUUGUAAGCUGCAUCUGUUAGCACAUGCACAGUGAACAAAUUUGAUAUAUUCAUUUAUAUAUUAGGUAAAUUUCUUACAAUGUUUACAAGGGUCUUGUAAAAGUCCUGCUCACAUGUUAGUGGUGUACUUACAAGCCAUGUGUGACACAUAAGUUUUGUCUGCUUUACAUGUAUUAUUAGAUGCAGCUUAGAGAAUUGUGAUAUCAGUUUUCAUUGCUGAUUUAUAGAGUUGUAAACCUGAUGGUAUUGGUUUUCGAAGUGUUACUGUUUUGAACAAUCUUUAGUAAAUAAUUGAUGGUCUAAAUCAGUAAUUUGCUUCCAACAGUUACUAGAUUUAAUUUCUUUCUUUUCAAUGCAACAGAUCUCGUCAAAUUUGAUACUGUGGUUGUUGAAAAAAAUAAUUUGUCCUUUCCUAUGUAAAGAGUUAGGAAAACCCAAGCUAAAGCUUCCUUUUAAAGGGGCCCUGAAACACUUUUUUUGACAUAGUAAGAAAACAUUGCUGAUCUAUCAUAGAGGCUGCUCUGAACAUGUCAUCAAAAUAUUGUUGCACUGCCUCAGCAGGGAACCUACAAUCUCGUGUCAAGAAUGGCAAAAAAUUGCUUUUUCUCGCUACUGCAGUAAAAGCAGCUGAACCCACCAACGCUAUUGGCUGGUUUCGUGAUCAUAAGAGCAUUCUCAGUAAUACAGAAUUUCUAGUUUCGAGUUGAAUAAAUGCAAAAUAUAUAUGUCUGCGAUCUCAGAAAGACAGAAAAAGAAUUCAUUCUUUGCACUGCGCGUUGCUGCGUCAGCUGCACGUGGCCUGCGAGAUGGCAGCAAUGGGCUGGGUAGCUAGUAGUCUACUGCGGCCACCAUGGGGUGCCGCGACGAGCUGUUUCGCCACUGCAAAGCUAAACUUUUGGCCAGGGCCUUGCCCAAUUGACAUCUCCAUUGUGUAGCUUCCAGUGCGCCAGCAAAAAUAAAAAGAGAGAAAGCCGGCUAUCGGUACGAUGGCUCCACUUAUAGUUGAAAGAGUCAAACAAUUUCUUUUCGAAUUAGAUUCAUGAGACAGCCUCCUUUAAUAAUGAUGCCAUGCUAUCAUUAGAUAGAAAAGUGUUUCAGGGCCCUCUUAAUAGGCCAGAACUGCAUUUCUGGAAUAAAAUGGUGUGGCUUGCUUCAUGUAAGCACAAAGAUUUUUCCAGCCAAGAUGCAAGAAAGGUGUAAAACUGGAUUCCUCAAAGUGAGCAACCUGACAUUCUUCUUGAGCGGUAAGGAGUAAUCCUGUUGCUUGUUAUGGGUGUAUUGAUGAGUUGUCUGUAGUCAAUUCCCUAUUGCAGAUAUAAAAGAACUGACUUAAUUCAUCUUCCUUGCUACCACAGCAAGAAAGCAUUGAAACCACAACCCUUAUGAUUAUGAUAUUUGAGGUUUUAUGAUGCAAGGUCAAGGUAUGGCCAAUGAGCGCCAAGGCAGACAACUCAUAACACUCACAAGCUAUGAAAUAUUGAGUGUGAGCCAUUAGUCAGUGUUUUAACUUGAGAAGGAUUUAUCGAGCAAUUUAUUUAAGGUAUGAAGACAUUUUCAAUAGAAGUUUAUCAUUUCUUACAUACCUCUGACAAAAUUAUGCCCCUUUCUAAUGGCAAGAUUGCCUCAUAGGUGUCCACAUUACCAGUGUAAUUGACAUAUAUUUUAAUUAUGUAGUAUGGUGUGUGCAAUGAGCGUGAUAUUUAUUUUUUUUUGCUGUUUUAGAAGAGACACCUGACAUUUUUGCUGUGUUAAAUUCUGAAAGUAUUGUGUAGGAAAGCUGCAGUAUGAUGCCAUAUCAAAUUACGUUGUAAUACAUUUUUGGUUUUUGUCUUUUUACUGGGACUGGGCUUCAACGGUGCGAUACACUGAAAAUGUAAGAGCACAUGCCAGCAAGGUUAUGCUGUUUAUAUGAGCACAUACACCUUCCAUCUGAAUUGUAGGCGCACUACAAUGUGCUUAAUGGUUAAGAAAUUUGUGUCAGUAUAGCUAAGGUGCUGACCAUACAAACGUGCAUUUAAUGCAGAACCGCAUACAAUAAAAGGCGAGAUGACAGAAAGAAGCAAAAAAAAUAGAGUCAUACGCAUACAAUAAAAGUGAGGUAAACUUGGCAAGAACAUUUAUUUACAUCAGACUUUGCACUUCAUUAAUUGUCGUUGGACGGUUCUCUGUCCAAGAAUUCUUCCAAGAGAUAAUCAUCUUUCAUGUCGCCGAGUGCAUUUGAAAUGCCACAUUUGUUAAAAGUGUGAUGCACCAGGUUCUGCAGGACACUCGCCAUGCAUUUGCGAUUCACUUGCACAAAUUGGCUGGCUAGAGGAUCAUCCUGUACACUAGAGGAUGAUAGUAGUAGGCAUGUAGCAAUAACAAAGUCAAAACACUGAGCCUGAUUUUGACUGAAAUUUUGGUUUGGUUCCGCAUAUAGUACAAAGCGGAAAUUCGGUAUGCUAAAUAAUUGGUAAGAAUACUCAUUUUACAUGUGAGUCUGUAGAGUAUGUUGUUUUAUAAAUAUUGUCCUUACCAAUCUGCAAAGUUGUAUGUUUGUGAAUGUAAAUGGGCAUGUCUGCAUGAUCAUUUGUCCGUUUACUUUGCGAACAGCUGCAAUGGCUUCAUUCUGUUGGGAAAGUCUGGUGUCAUAAUCUUUAACAUGGCUGUGAUAUCACUCACCCUCUUUCAUUUUGUGGGAAAGUAGACACAUUCUCAAUUUUUUUCCCAUUUUGGUAAUGGUAGUAGGUAGUGCCAAUGUUCUGAAACUUGAUGCACGUUCAUCAUUCAGUGAUCGCUGUCAGUGUUUUACCUUAUCCUACUUGUUUUACCUUAUCCUACCUACUUGUGUUAAUUCGCAUGUGUCACUGGUGAUGGCCAUGACUCUCAUCGAACACUAUAGAACAUUUUUUGCAGUCAUUUUGGGAUAGUUAUGUAAGAAACUAACACUUUCAUCUUUCAGUCAUGCACAUAUAAUUGAAGAAAAGUCUGCUGUGAAGUAUCACGAUUUAGAACAUUCUGCAAAAUGAUGGCCUCAGUAAGGACACACGAGUCUCACACCUAUACCUGUGGUGUCUUGCGUCUCAGUUUAUGCAAAGGGAACAUUUUGUAAAAAAACAACAUGAAGCACUGCCAACUGUUGUUUUUUUUCUCUUUGGACUCGGUAGAUCCCUAGGGGUCUUGGGGAGACACACUACCUUUUAAGAAGCUUUGUUAUUUUGCACCUCCAGCACAAAGUGAACCUACUCAAUAUUGUAAUCAUCUGCAAUAAAUUCUCUUACUGUUACAAA